AUGGCACAAAAGCUGAAAAUCGCGGCCGCCGGCCUCGGCCGCAUGGGCAAGCGUCAUGCCAUCAACUUCCUGCACAGAACCCCGCGGGCCGAGCUCGUCGCCGCCUUCUCGCCAGACCCCUCUGAGCUGGCAUGGGGGGAGGAGAGCCUCGAGCCGUACGGCGUGACCCUUUACGAUGAUUACAAGAAGAUGAUUGAGCACGAGGGGCUCAUGGCCGUGGUCAUUGGUACCGCCACCUCCGUCCACGCCGAGGAGGCCAUACAAGCCAUGGAGAAGAACUUGCACGUGCUGUGUGAGAAGCCGCUGUCGACAAGCAUAGACGUCUGCAGACAAGUCGUCGCCGAGGCCCGCAAGCGGCCACAACUCAAGGUCAUGUGCGGUUUCACCCGGCGCUUCGACGAGUCCUACCGCGACGCCCACUCCAAGAUGGAGCAGGGCCUGAUCGGGCGGCCCUCCGUGGUCCGCAGCCAGACGUGCGACAAGCACGACCCGUCGGGCUUCUUCGUGGAGUACGCAGCGUGGUCAGGCGGCGUCUUCGUCGACAUGUCGGUCCAUGACAUCGACCUGACUCUGUGGUUCUUCGGCGACAACGUCGUGCCCAAGAGCGUCUCCGCGUACGGAAUCACGGCCGUGCAGCCAGACCUCAAGAAGUACAACGACUACGACAACGCCGUGGGCAUCGUCGAGUUCUGGGGCGGGCAGAUCGCCAGCUACUUCUGCUCGCGCAUGAUGGCGCACGGCCAGGAGGACGUCACGGAGGUCAUCGGGACGGAGGGCAAGCUGUCCGUCAACACAAACCCCCAGAAGAACUUUGUCAACUACUACGGCCCCGACGGCGUCACCCGCGAGGUCCACGCGCACUACUACGGCCGCUUCGAGGGCGCCUUCGUCCAGGAGGCGAACGAGUUCGCCGAGUGCUGCUUGGACAACAAGGCGUUGCCGCUGGACAUCAACAACGCGGUCAAGGCCGUACAGAUCGGUGCUUGGAUCCAGGAGGCGCUGGUCAAGGGCACGCAGAUCCGGUUCGAUGAGACCGGGAAGAGGAUCGAGCAGCCCAAGCUGUGA